AAUGAGAGGAAAGAUGCUCCUUGUCAAACGCAAGAUUCAUUACGAUCGGAUGUAAAUGAUUUUCGAGAAAUUUUAGACAAUUGUAUCAAAGAAAUGACGAAGCUGAAAAGAUUUUUCGAUGACGAAAAUUUCUGGUGGAAGAUAUUCAAGAAACGAAAUUUCAACUGUUGCGAACAGAAAUUACCACACUUGCAUGGUUACUUAGAUGGAACUAUGGUUACUUUGAAGAUAUUGGAGGAAAAGAUCGAACCGAACGAUGGUUUCGUUACUUCAACACCGGUAAAAUCAGGUUCUUCGUCACAUUCGGCUAAACCGUCUACUCAGAAAAGAAAGUAUAGGGAGCAAGACGGAGAUGAGGUUGAGGGACGUCCUAGAAAAUAUGUAGAUGCGUCCGUGAAUACCGAAAGAAUUGACGAUUCUUAUCAAGAUGGAAAUCCUGUCAUUUAUAAAAAACAUCAAGACAAUCCAGGAAGUUCGAAAGCGAAGAAAGAGGAUGCAGAGGUUUACCAAGAGCAACAUGAUUCAGGGGAACCACAAACGUCAAAAGAUAAUCACGUGGCUGAUACUACAAGUAAAUUUUCAGAGAAAUACGAAUUUAUAGUUGAAUAAAAUAUUUAUCAUCGAAUUUUUGGUUUAGUGAGAUUAUCU